AUGAAAGGUGAUUAUUCUGAUAACACAUCUGUUUUUGAAAAUAAUGUGCCCCUCAAUGGAAAUCCCAAAAUUUAUAAUAUUGGCGCUGUUCUCAGUUCGGGGGACAAUAUAUACGAAUUCACUCAAAAUAUCGAAGAAAUAAAUCGCAAACCGGGAAUUUUACCAACAAAUGUAUCUCUAUAUCCACUGACGGUUCCCGUGAAUUCAAACCCUAUAAGAACCGCACAAAGCGUCUAUGCGGUGAUUGCAUCUCAUCCAUCAAAUGGAGACCAGUCUUUAUCGUCGGUUUCAUUUACUUGCGGUUUUUACAACAUUCCCGUCAUUGGAAUCACAAACCGAGAGAGUACACUAUCGAACAAAAACUUGCAUGCUGCUUUCAUCAGAACUGUGGCUCCGUUUUCACAUCAGGCGGACGUUUGGAUAGAGAUUCUCGUAAGACUCAAAUAUUUAAGUGUAAUAUUCAUCCACAGUUCAGAUAGUGAUGGUAGAAGUACUUUGGGUCGAUUCCAGAAUUUAGCCGACAUUGCAAACAUAAAAGUGGAAUCAAUAAUUAGAUACGAGCCGUCGGUUCCAUCGAUAGAAAAUGAGUUAAAUGAAGUGAAAAGAGAGUCCUUUUGUCGAGUAUUCCUAUUGUACGCCAAUAGAGAAGACGCCCGAAGUAUUUUCCAACAAAUCUAUUCGCAACAAAUGACUGAACCCGAGUACGUAUGGCUAGUCUCGGAACAGUCUCUUGAGGCCACUAAUAGGCCGAACGGAGUAUUGGCUCUACGAUUAAAUUCGGUAAAUGAGAGCUCAAUGAUCGGCGACACCGUCCAAGUGCUGGCAAAUGCAUUGAAGCAAAUGUAUGACAACGAGAACAUAACAGUCCCGCCGACUGAUUGCGGAAAGAUCUCAAUCAACAAAUGGGAAACUGGCAUCAAAUUUGUCAAAUAUUUAAAAAACCAAACAUUUAGCGGAGAAACCGGAAGAAUAGCUUUCGACGAGUUCGGUGACAGACUUCUCAGUGAUUAUGAAAUCAUUAAUAUUAAUAACGGAAAAGAGAAAGUGAUUGGAAAGUAUUCCUUCUCCAAUGCAAUCAUGAAAAUGGAUUUGAAUUUAAAUGUAGAGCAAAUUGUAUGGCCGGGAAAUCUGACUGAACCACCGCUCGGAUAUGUAAUACCAAAACAUUUAAGGGUAUUUACUUUGGCUGAAAAGCCAUUCGUUUGGGUAAAACCAAUGAUUGAAGGAAAAUGUAAAAUUGGUCAAAAAUAUUGUCCAAUAUAUAAUUCAACUGCAAAAGUAUAUUUUGAUGAGUGUUGUGAAGGCUAUUGUAUUGAUUUAAUGGAAGUAUUGUCAGCAAAAUUGAACUUUACAUAUGACUUGGAACAAGUAGAAGAUGGACAGUACGGAACCUAUGAUUUUAUGAACGGCACAAAAGUGUGGUCAGGACUCGUCGGAGAAUUGGUUUAUAAAAGAGGAGAUAUGGUGGCCGCACCUCUCACUGCUAACCCUGAGAGAGGACAAGUGAUUGAUUUUUCCAAACCUUUUAAAUACGAGGGAAUUACUAUUCUUCAGAAAAGACAGCCCCGAAAGGCAGCGUUAGCCUCAUUCUUACAACCCUUUGAAAACACUCUUUGGCUUUUGGUGCUGGUAUCCGUACAUGUGGUCGCAUUGGCUCUCUAUCUUCUCGACAGAUUCAGUCCAUUCGGUGGCUUCAAAAUGGCAGAUGUCGUGCCAUCAGAUGAGGGCGCUCUCAACCUUUCGAGU